AUGGAGACAAAAUCAACCACAGAUAUCUUCAUGAGCAUCUCACCUGAAGAUGCACUAGAGAUUGCCCGCGGUAGGAGAACCAAUGUCUAUCGCAGCUAUCCCCUCCCAGCCACUGUUCGCCGCAUCUGGCUCUACACCACCGCUCCACUACAGCUUAUUGAGUAUGUGGUGUGUAUAUCACACAAUGAGGCCGUAUCCAACACAGACACCAAGCAACCCACAUAUGAUUACAAGAUUCGCCAGGUAUGGAUGUUGAAGCAGCCUAUUUACCUGCAUCAGGCUAUCUCUCGCGGUAUACUGAAAGCUCCCCCGCGAAAGUACUGCUGGGCGACUGAAAGCUUCUUAGAUAGUUGUCAUUUCUAUCGGCAGUGGCCAGUAAGGGGUCCGAAGGAGAUCGUCUGGUAA